UUAUGUAAAAUUCUUCACAGGACUGAUUUUAAUGUGUCCCGGACUUUACUGCGCAUUAUCGCGCAGCUUUGAUCGUCACGUGAACCGUCUCGUGACAACAGGAAGGAGGAAUGACAACAGUGGGAGGAUGCAACUGCAGCUGCUUUGACACUUUUCAACUCUUCAUUUUUCAUUCACAGAAAGAAACAGACAACAAUGACUUCAAUUAUAAAGGAAACACAAAGCAUAAAAGAAGCGGUGACUUUCAUCAACGUCAUUGAUGUGAACAAGUUCUCCAGGCUGAUCUCCCGCAUCAUACAAAAGCUUCAUCUGAAGGGAGAGCGGACAUUCAGUGAAGAAGAGGAGCAAAAACUUCAGGCUGCUCUCUCAUUGGAUAAACAAGCUCUCAAUCUAGUCCUGGAAACUGCUGCUUUUAUACUAGAGCAGGCAGUGUAUCACAAUGUAAAGCCGGCCUCACUGCAGCAACAGCUGGAAGCGGUUCAUCUAAAUCCAGACAAGGCUGAGAUGUUUGCUCAGACCUGGGCAGCCGCUGGAUCUGAGUUGGUGGAGAGACUAAAACACAAUAUCUUUGCCCCAAAAAAGCUGGAGUAUGUCGGCUGGCAGUUAAACCUGCAGAUGGCCCAGUCCAGCCAAGCCAGACUGAAGUCUCCCAGUGCUGUCCUCCAACUGGGCCUCCGCAGUGAAGACUCUGAGGUUCAGGAAAAUGUCUUCGUUGAUUUUAACCACCAGAAUCUGCUUGAGUUCUACAACAAGCUUGAAAUCGUGCAAGGCCAGUUGGACUCCCUGACUUGAUGCAUGGUGCUCUUUGUACGACCACACACACACACACACACACACACACACACACACACACACACACACACAUGCACACACACACACAUUGUUAUAGUUUUGCUGAUAGCUAUACCAGGUGUUAGAGGCCUAGCAAGUCCAUUCUUGCUCUGCUUUAUAAGAGAAAAAUGUCCAAAUUUGAUGGAACUAGUUUCUUACCCCUUUGAGCUCCAUUUAAUCCAGGGUUGUGCUCAUGAUUUUGAGAGGUUGGUGUGGCAAAUCGGAUUUUACCUUGGACUUUUAUGUUUCCAUCAGGGGGAUGGUGGGAAACUUUACCCUGUCAAUAUAAAUUGUACUGAGACAAGUUUCUUAGUAAAAAUGUUCUGUGCUCUGCAGUGAGUAACAUGAUGUUUAAUUGCCCUGUAAAUGACUUCUAAUAAGAUGUUAAAAAUGUGCCAAUAGUCUUCAAAAUUCAUUUGAAGGAUUCAAAGGAAGUAAAAGGAAAUUGAAUGUCGGUUUGAGUUGAAACAAAUGGAUUUUGUAACUUGGAGAAUGAACUAGUGUCCGUCCCAUUCUAAUAAAAUCUGAAGUGGAGGUGAAAUCCAUCCAA